AUGUCAGGACGUAUUGACACUCACAUUCACGCGCUUCCUCCGGCUUACAUUGCAGCUGUGCAGGCUGCAGGAGGAGACCCUUCCGGGUUUCCAUCACCUGAGUGGUCUCUAGAUGCCACUGUUAAGCUGAUGGAUAGUGUCAGCACGGCGAUAGGAAUAUUAUCAGUCUCGGCUCCUGGUGCAUCGAUCGCGGGACCCAACGAAGACGGACGAAAGCUCUCACGCACCUUGAACAACGAUCUCGCGCACCAGAUAGCCAAUUCACCAGCAGGGAAACGUCUUGGACUCUUCGGAGUCCUACCUGACUGGGAAGACGUCGACGGCACAGUUUCAGAGAUCGAGUUUCUGUACCAGCAGCAGAGACUCUGUCACGGUGUAACCGUCUUCACCUCCUACGGAGGCAAGCUUCUCGGCGAUCCGACGUUCAAGCCCAUCUGGGAGAAGCUACAAUCUCACAAGACUCUUGUCUUCCUCCACCCGACAGGCCUCGACGUUACCCCCAAGCUCAUAGCAUCGGCCCUUCCGCAGCCGAUCGUCGACUACCCUCUCGCGACCACCCGCGCCGCGGUGGACCUCGUUCUGAGCGGGACUCUCCACGCUUGUCCCGAUGUCGACGUGAUCCUCUCGCACGCCGGAGGAACUCUCCCAUUCUUAGCUACCCGUGUGCUGGGGACCCUCAACAUCCCGGCUCUUGCAAAUGUCGUUGCUGUGGAUUACGAGACUGCUCAGGCUGACUUUGCUCGGUUCUACUACGACACGGCAUUGAGUUCCAGCCCAACCCAGCUCGGUGGCCUGCUCGACUUUGCUGAUCCGUCUCACAUUCUCUUUGGAUCCGACUUCCCAUACUGCCCUAACCCGCUGAUAGAGCUUCAGGUUCUUUCCUACGAGGGAUUUGUUGCUUCUCAUCCGCGAGGAUCGAUACUUGCGCCGGAGAUUCUACGAGGCAACUCAAUGACCUUAUUGAAGAAGCACAGUCAGGGGAAUAGCCCCGAAUGGGAGUACGAAGUGAAGACAGCGCAUGAUUCGAAGAUUUGUUAG